AUGCUUCCGAUGAACCUAUACCAAGAGGUUAUCCAAGCACCGGACUCCGAGAUGUCCUUUGCUGCUGAGAUUUAUGAUAUCUUCCUCGGUCGUUACACUCACGUUGGCGAGAGUCGAUGGGAAGUAAUCGAGGCCGUACGGAUCGACUUGACGAGGAAUAUGUCUGGUGUUCUCCGGCCAAUUCAGGAGGAGGCUAAAUUCGGCCUGAAUCAGCUAAUUGGGGAUUCGGCAGAGUGGAAAACGCUCAAUAGCUACCAUCUGGUUCUCCGCAUGAUCGGGUUGAUGAGUGGCCGGGUUUUCGUUGGCAUGCCCUUGAGUCGCGAGGAGGACUGGAUCCGGGCUUCGAUUACCUUCGCUACGGACGUGGGGAAAAGUCGCAUGGCUGCUCUGCGAUGGAACCCUUGGAUCAGGCCUUUUGUCCUCCCGUUUCUUCCCGAGGUACGCCAUACGCGACGAGCACUUCAAAAAGCAAAUGAGCAGAUGCGGCCUUUGGUGAAGGAAGUUCUCCGAAGUGAGAGCUUGCCUGAAGAAAAACCGGCGAAACCAGGCGCUCCUGGGGCUUUCGUAUCGUGGAUGAUGAAGUAUCUGACGCCCGAGGAAAAGACUCCAGAGACAAUGGGAACCAACCAGAUGUUGCUUUCUUUUGCUGCUAUUCACACAACUUCCGGCACGACCACUCUGGCUCUUCACGAUUUGCUCGGCCGCCCCGAAUACAUCCAGCCUCUGCGUGAGGAAAUUGCAGAAGUCAUCAAGGAAGAUGGUGUGGAGAAAGACGAAGCUGGGCAAGUGUUUUUGUCAAAGUCUUCGGUGGGCAAAUUGAAGAAGCUCGACAGCUUCAUCAAGGAAAGUCAGCGCACAAGUCCACUGAGCUUUGAGUACAAUGCCGAGACCGGCAAUGCACCACCAAGCGAAUUCGACGGUUUCCGUUUCGCACGUCUACGAGAUCAACCGGGUCGUGAGAUGAAGCAUCAAGCUGCGACUACGGGGCCAGAUGCGUUCAACUUUGGGCAUGGCCCGCACGCAUGCCCGGGGCGCUUCUUCGCUGUCUAUGUGAUCAAGUGCAUAUUCAUUGAGUUGUUGAUGAACUAUGAUAUUCAUUUAAAAGGUAAUGCCGGCAAGACGACGGAGAGGCCACCGAAUCAGAUCAACAAAAUGAUCGUGCAGCCGAAUUUCGGGGCCGAGGUUGAGGUGCGAAAGCGUACGGAGGCUUGA